AUGGCGAAAAGGAAAAAUGAGAUGCCACUCGUCGAAAAGUUGUAUAUGGAAAAUCUCGGCACUUUCGAAGAAUCGGGCGGUUUUUGUAAUGACGAUGAUCAGGUGGCUGAAAGAAGAGAGGAAUUGGCCCAAAAACGACAGAGAAGACUCGAUCGUGCCUCAUCGAUUCCCGCCGACGAUUGUCUAAUGUGCGCAAAACCGAUUUUGGACUCGUUUCUAUGGGAUCGCUUUCGACAUCCCAUUUGUGAUGGUUGUAGAGAUGAUAAAGGAGCUCACAAAUUGAUCUCGCGAACCGAGGUUUUCACGAUGUAUUUGCUAAAGGACACCGAUUUGGAUAUGCGCAAGCCGCCGUUGAGAUACAUUUCCCGCAAGAAUCCCCACAAUCCACGCUAUGGUGAUAUGAAACUUUAUUUAACUUCUCAAGUCGUUGAUCGAAUGCUUGAAGUACACGGAAGCCAUGAGGGAUUAGAAGAGGCGAAACGGGAAAAAGACGAGAAACGAGAGGUGCGAAAUGAGAAACAAUUCGAGAAGAAAGUCAAAGAGAUGAGAAAACAAAUUCGCGGUGCCCAGAAACAACACACAGCGACUACGCGGGCCCAUGAGCACUCGUUCGGAGAAGAGAUUGAGGAUACGAAGACAGGUGAAUGGAAACGAGAAUGCUGCGAGUGUGGCUACGUGGAGAAAUUCGAGAAGAUG